CCCUACAAAAGGCGGGAAUAAAUUUCAAGAUGGCGAAUGACAACAACGAAGUAAAAGACGAGCUUCCGAGGUGCUCGACGCUGUUCCUUUCAAAAGAUGGAUCACAAAUGCAAUUUUAUAUGAUACCUUGUGCAAUGAAAACCCGUUUGCGACCACUUAUACACAAUGGAGGUGGUCAACUAUCUAGUAAAGUGUCAACCGACUCUAUCAAGCUUGCUGUUCCUGGGGCUGUCAGUAACUUGUCUGGUUAUUUCUCUACUGAGUACAUCUUCGACAGCAUAAAGCACAACAAACUACAAGAUAUGACCAAUUAUCGCAUUACAUCCCAGAUUGAAAGGAAACUUGAGGUUGAAAAUUCAGAAGGCAAGGUGAAAGUAAGGAAGCGGAAUGGACGAAUUGCAUAUACUCCUGAAGAGGAUUUGGCUUUGUUGGACUUCGUGAAUGAAUAUUUUACCUGCUAUCCUAUUGGAGGGAAUGCUCUGUACAAAAAGGCUGAAAAGCAAAAGGUUACAACUCACACAUGGCAGUCAAUGAGAGACCAUUAUCUCAAAGUUUUACAUCCUAAAACAAAAAUUGAUAAGCGGUACAGUCAACUGUCCUUGUGGACAAGAGGUGGAAAAAAUUCUUCUGGUUUUAAAGGAAAUGAAAACAAGAAACAUGACAGACAGAAAAAAACUGAGAAAACAGAGAAAGGGGAUGCAAGGAUAACUAGGGCUCAGGCUGCAAGGAUGAAAGAAGAAAAUGAAAAAGAUGAAGGAACAGUAAAGGAAGAUAAAGAAAAUGAGGAAGGAGAUGAAAAGACAGAUGGAAAUGGGGAAGAGAAAGUUGACACAUCACAUGAGGAUACUGACGAAACAGACAGUGAAGCAAAAAAUGCUGUAACUACAGAAAACUUUCCAGAUGUUGAAAGUACAGCUGAGGUAAGCAGUGCUGGUGAAGAUGUGGAUUAUGAUAAACAGUUUGAUGACAACCUUCUUCUAAUAGCUUACAAAAGCAAGCAAAGACCUUGUGUUAAUCAUGUUUGGGAAUCUUCUGAAGAUGAAAAUAAAACUGAAGAAAAGGAAGUCUCCUCAAGCCAAGAUACUGAUUCAAGUGUUGUGACAAGGAGGAGAAAAAAGUUAAGUGGCAAAAAGGACAAAAUGAGUGACUUUGAUGGAGAAGUUAUUUUUAGAAAGAGCCCUUCAGCGAGAAAAGGCCCUUCUGAUGAUGAUGAUGAGAAGAGGCCUUUGGCAAAGCGAAGCAAGAUGGCAACCGAGUUUCCACCUGAUCAUGAAAAUGGCUCCAGGGGAAAGGAGGCAAAAGAAAUGGAAGCACAUUUACAUUUCUAUCAACAGAUGAGAAGCAACAUUGAGAAAAUGCAGUCCAAGAACAUGACAGUUCCUCAGAUCAUCCACACUUUGCUCGUCAGCUCUGGAGAUUUUGGCGAUGCUGAAAAUUAUCUUAAGGAGGGUAAAGAACAAUGGACACCCCAAGAGGAUAAGAUAUUGCUGAGUAAAGACAAGACAGGUAUUACCAGUCUUGCUAAGAAGAGAGGGUUACAGGCUGUUGUAGACAGGAUGAACUUCAUGGAGGGCACCAGCUAAAAAGUUUUCUGCGAAAAAUCUUUCUUAGUUGCCCUAGAAAAAAUACAACAGUCUAUAUCUGGAAAAUGAACAAUUAUGAAAUAAGGUCCCAACAUCAUGUCGCACUUUUAUUGUUAAUACUCCUUUUGAAAUCCUUACUAGAAAUUUACAGUUAUUCCUCCUCUAUUUUAAUGAGAAGUGUAUUAAAUUUAGGAACUUUGAGUUAACUUUUAGUUAAUAAACUAUUUUUUCCUAAAUACCUUCAGGUAAAUACUAUAUACAACAAAAUUACAAAAUUAUGAAAGUUGUAUCAAAAGAGAGAGUCUUAAAUUUUCCAAAUAAAGAAAACCUAUUUACAAGAGUGUUACAUCCUGACCAGAUACUACCGGCACAUAUAUUUUGUAACUGAAUAUCUCCAAUGUUUCACAACUACUUCUAAUAAUUAAUAAAAACUGUCACUACCUUCAA